AUGGGAAGUGAUAUGAAGACUCUAAUUUUCAUAGCAGUGACAUCGGUUUUGGUAACAGUGGUGAUAUGUGUGCCAAUCCAACAGACCCACAGCAGCAAGAAGCCAAAUAAACUCUUGUUGAUUUCUUUUGAUGGAUUUCGCUGGGAUUACGAUCAGGACGUCGAGACACCACAUCUGGACUAUUUGGUAACAACGGGAGUAAAGGCAAAAUAUAUUAACCCACCUUUUGUAACCAUGACAUCGCCAUCUCAUUUUACAACCAUCACAGGGCGAUGGAUUGAAGAUCAUGGAGUUGUUCACAAUAUGUUUUACAACACAAAAACUUUGCUUAAACUACCUCAUAAAAUUACAUUAGGGAAGACAUUAUGGUGGGAUAAUGGAGUACUUCCUUUGUGGAUCACAGCUCAAAACCAGGGAAAAAAAGUAGCAUCAUUCCACUAUCCAGGAGGAAAUGUGACCUAUGGCGGACAAGCAAUCUACAGAUCUCUGGGGGAAUCACUGACUCACCCUGAUGCUAAUGAGACAGAAUGGAGAAUAAAUAUCGAUAUGGUCUUGGAUUGGUUUGAAAAGGAAGACUUUGAUUUUGUAACGCUUUACUAUGGAGAGCCUGAUGGCGUUGGACACAGAAUGGGACCAGAAACACCACAGAGACGUGAUAUAAUCCGACAGAUUGACAGAACCAUUGGCUACUUAAUAUCCAGCAUUGAUAGGCACAAUCUGAAAGACCGGCUAAACGUUAUCAUAACCUCAGACCAUGGGAUGACAACAGUAAAGAAAAAGCCUGAAAUUAAUGAAAUCAAACUCUCAAAAUACAUCAGUUUUAAAAAUAUCAAGUUCGAAUUAUUAGACUAUGGAGGAUUUGGGAUGCUUUUGCCCAAACAAGGAAAAACUGAAGAAGUCUACCAGGCACUGAAAAAUGCACAUCCACAUUUAAAAGUAUAUAAAAAGGAAGAAUUGCCUGAACAUUUUCAUUACAGUAAAAAUGAUCGUCUUUUGCCCAUCCUUGUUUAUGGAGACAAUGGGUAUUCUGUUAAUGGGAGAAUCAUCAUUUACUUCAACAAAGGAGAUCAUGGAUUUGACAAUGGAGAAAUGGACAUGAAGAUGAUUUUCCGAGCAUUUGGCCCAGAUUUCCAGCAUUCUUACCUGGCAGAGCCCUUUGACAGUAUUCACACUUAUCCCUUGAUGUGCAAGUUAUUGGGAGUGACACCAGAACCGAACAAUGGGUCGAUGGCAUUCACCCGUGGGAUGCUAGUAGGUUCAUCUGACAAAAUACCAGAUUACCCAGGUCCUCAGGAGGAUCAGACCACAUCAGUUCGUUCCUCUGCAGUCAUAGGGUUAGGUGCUGUCCUUGCGUUUCUGGCCAUAGUGUUUGUAAUUAUUGUUGUAUGGAAUGCCAUUCAAAGAAACAAAAGAUCCAAGCGUGAAAAUCCUUGCAGUGAUUCCCACAUUCUAACAAAGGAGUAUAAGUUCUAA